GUUCACCGACCUUAUUGCUUGCGUCGAAUUUUGAAUUGAAUGAUAAAUCAAAUAAUAACAACCGUCUCUCUCUCCUCGUCUCUUCUCUUUAUCUUCUCUUUUUUGCCUCUUCCCGAUUUUGCCCCUCCAUUAUCUGAUUCUCCGUAAACCAGGACACAGUUUGAUAUCUUGAUAAGUAAAGAUGCCAGCAACAGCAGGAAGGGUUCGCAUGCCAGCGAACAAUAGGGUUCACAGUAGUGCAGCCCUGCAAACACAUGGUAUAUGGCAAAGUGCAAUUGGGUAUGAUCCAUAUGCACCUAAUAAAGAUGACGCGAAAUCCUCUUCACAACAAAAAUCCACCUCAAAUAAUGCUUCUGAACCUGAGGCUGAGAAUGCUUAUGCUAGUUUUCAAGGCCUCUUAGCCCUUGCUAGAAUAACUGGUUCUAAUGCUGAUGAGGCUCGCGGCGCUUGUAAGAGAUGUGGCCGUGUUGGUCAUCUUGCUUUUCAAUGUAGAAACUUUUUGAGUAUUAAGGAUGACUCUAAAGAGAAAGACCCAGAUGCUAUUCAGGCUGCGGUUUUAUCUGGGUUGGAAAAGAUUAAGGGGAGUGCAAGGAAGAAGGAAGAGAGCGAGGAGGAAGAUGAGGAGGAAAGUGAGAGUUCCGAUUCUGACGUGGAUUCAGAGAUUGAGAGGAUUAUUGCGGAAAGGUAUGGUAAGAAGAGAAGUAGUAAAAGGAGGUCGUCUAAGGAUGAUGAUGAUUCUGAGGCUGAUGAUGGAGAGAGGAAGAAAAGAGGGAGGUCGAAGCAAAGGAGGAUUAAGAAAAGGGAGAGUAGUGACUCAGAGGAUGAGGAUGAAGCUAGAAGGAAGAAGACAAGAAGGGAAAAGCGGAGGAAGAGGGAUGAGUCUUCUGAUGAGGAAGAGGAAGAUCGUCGGAGGAGGCGUAAGAGAAAGAGUAGGAAGGAGAAGAGGAGGAGGAGAAGUCAUCGCUAUUCUGAUGAGUCUGAAUCGGAUACUUCUGAGGAUGCUGGCAGAAGGCAUAGGCGUAAUAGCAGGAAGGCAGCUUCACCUUCUGAUUCUGAUGUGAGUGGCUCUGAUGAUUCGCGGGUUGGCAGGGGUACAAAACGCUCAGAAAAGAGGACCAAGAAGCGCCAUCAUGAAGAUGAUGAGUAGCCUCUUGCUAGUAAAAGGAUUCUGGAGAAGAUGAUUGUAUCCAGAUUUAUAAGCAGUGGAGCCAAUACUGUUACCCAAGUUGAAGUACUCUUUUCUGUUGUUUAUACAUGUCCAGAAACUUAUUUGUGUCAAAUCAUUUUUCUGAAAAUUAUCAAAAAAGAAGAGUGAGAAUGGAUGUGUGUGUAACCAGCCUAUAAAUAUGUUGCUUUGAGUACCAAUUUCAUUUCAAGUUAAAGUUACUGUACUGUUAAAUUACAAGCUCUCGCUAUUCUAACUACAGACGAGAAUAGGUUGAUCCUUCUCCAUUAGCCAUUUUAGAUGUGGCUAUAUGUUGUUUUGUGGUUUUCUCUCUUUCGAGAGAGAAAGGCAAGGGAUUGGGAGGUAGGAAUAACCAACCCCUUGUAAAAUAUUCCCUGGCCUGGGUCAACCUUAAAUAGCAGUGUGUUACUCUAGGUUAGGUCAUGUAUAAUAAGUCAAUGCAAGAAGUUCUUUUAUGUUUCAACAUAAAUGACAUCUGAGCUUUGCAUAACGAUUCUAUUCGUGGAACUGGAAGAGUUGAAGCCAAAUUUUAUUUA